UACCCAACACACCAGGUAGAAGGAAAGUACAGGUGUCAGGCUAACGGAAUGGACAAAGGUGGUCACCCGCUGUCUGUCUGGGCCGACACAGUGGUAGAAGAAAGACCAAUCGGCCCCGACAUGAUUCUAGACAGGAUGAAAGAAAUGGACACAAAAAUAAAAGAACUGGACGCAAAAGACAAAGAAUUGGAAUCAAAGAUAAACGCAAUAGAUGCAAAGGGCAAAGAAUUGGACGUAAAGGAAAACGAAAUGGACGCAAAGAUCAAAACAAUAGAAGCGAGGGAACAAGAAAUGAACUCCAAAGUGAACAACUUCAGAACUCGUUUGGAAAACUCCAAAGACGCCAUAAUUUCCGCAACAACUAGCUAUCGCGGCCACAACUACUUACUCUCCAAACCAAUACUGGUUAACGUACAUGAAGCCAAUCGUCUGUGCCGGCUCUAUGGCGGGUAUUUGGCGGAGAUCAACGACAAGCAAGAGUUCCAGCUCCUGGCGGACUUCUCCAACUCUCAUGAGUCCGUUACUAUUGACGUCAUGCUGGGUGCUACAGACGAAGGUCAUGAGGGAAGGUGGACAUUUCUCACUUCUAGAGGCAAUAUGACGUCAUUUGUGUGGGAAGUCUCACAGCCGACUGGGGGAACGGAUCAAAAUUGUUUGUAUUUAUCUACAACCGCGAAGAAAAUGUUUGACGAUGCCUGUCUGAAAUACUCUUCUUCUUGGCCAAAGAGGUUCCUGUGCGAAGUAAAUGCUUAAUUUUUUUUUUUAUAUCUCAGAAAUAAUGUUCCCCCUAAAUGAAGAAAAAAACUCACCUGCUUAAUGUCAAUGUGGAUUUAGUCUAGUGGAAUUAUUUUUCAGUAAAUUGUGUCAGUAAAACAUUGUUUGACCUGUUUGUUCCCCUGUAUUAGUUACAAUUGUGGGCCUAUCUGGGCAAUGAGUAAACGAAAUAAAUGAGCACUACAAAUCUUAUAUAAUGCCAAAAUGUGUCAUGACGAAAAGGAAUCGGGUGCUCGUGAAUUGUGGGAAAUAUAGAGUUAUUGCUAACAUUUUAAAGCUUGUUCACUUGUCUUUCUUGAGGUGAAAAAAAAAGCCAAUGUUCUUGAAUAGAAGUGGAGAUGUUUGCGGAGAUCAAGGUAAAGCAAGAGUUCCAGCUCCUGGCUGACUUCUCCAGCUCUCAUGUGUCCAGUCUUACUGACGUCAUUUUGGAUGCCACGGACGAGGGUCAUGAGGAGAGGAGGACAUUUCUCACUUCUGGAGGCAACAUGACGUCAUUUGUGUAGGGUGACUCGGAGUCGGGUGGUGGAGCGAAUCAUAACAGUUUGUAUUUAUCUACAGGCACGAAGUAUAUGUUUGACGAUUAUUGUGUGAAAUAUUCUUCAAAUUGCCCAGUUGGGUUCAUGUGUCAAGUUUCUGCUUGAUA